AUGGAAUCUCGGGCGUCAACAUCGGCUGGAGCACUUCGCGCACUUUCUGUCGAGCUCAAAAAUCUGCAAUCACAACCGGUCGAAGGGUUCACGAUAGACGCCAACGAGGAUAAUCUUUUCGUAUGGACUGUUGGAAUUUACGGGCCACCAAAAACAUUGUAUCAGGGAGGAUAUUUCAAAGCCAACAUUCGAUUCCCAUCAAAUUAUCCAUAUUCGCCGCCGUCGAUGAAGUUUUUGACGAAAGUUUGGCAUCCGAAUGUUUAUGAGGUUUGUUUUUCUUAUUUUGAGAGCGAGAAAAAUGAAUUCUGGCUGGUUCUAUCAAAAAUUCUGCUUGUUCUAUUUGUUCUGGGCGCCAAACGGUGAAUGUGGGUUAGGUAAAUAGGAAGAAAAAUGAGAGGGAAUUGGAAUUGAGAACAUAAAAAAUAAAAAGGUCGCGAAAUCAGAGAAUUUUCAAUUUUUGAGUUAUGACGUGGAAGAUGAUAGGGCUUUUUUAGUGUAAUUUUUCAAACGAUGCUAAUUAUGAAAAAUUUACAAAAUAGGAAAUUUUGCCAUGUCAUAGCUUCUUUAUCUAACAAGGAAACGUUUUCAACUUUCAAUCUAGACCCACUCAUCAAUAUUCCGCUGUCAAAAUCUGCAAAACUCAACUCCCAAUACGAGUUAUGACGUGGAAACGUUCAAAAAUUGGGACUUUAGGAGGUCAGAACUUGUCUUGAAAAUGAUUUCCAUGAAAACCGCGAAUUUUGCAAAAAUGUCCAACAAUGCCACGUCAUAACUCAUAUUGGGAGUUGAGUUUUGCAGUUUUUGACAGGGGAAUAUUGAUGAGUGGAUUGAAAACUACUAGAAAACAUAUAUUUUAUUAAAAAUCUCGAUUUGAACUUGAAACAGUUCCCUUGUCAAGUAAUAAACCAUUUUCAUUCAAAUUUUUCAUUCGCAUCAUUUGAAAAAUAUCCACGUCAUAACUCAUUUUUCAGACGAAAUAUUGAUCAGCGGGUCAAAAACUGCUAAAAACGUAUAUUUUAUUAAAAGUCUCGAUUACAAGUUGAAUAAAACAGAUAUCUUGAAAAACUAUAGAAAUGGCAGAGUUCAAAAAUCAAUUUUUUACAGAACGGCGAUCUUUGUAUCAGUAUUCUUCACGCGCCAGUCGAUGAUCCACACAGUGGUGAACUCCCGUGCGAAAGAUGGAAUCCAACACAAUCAGUUCGAACAAUUCUCCUAUCAGUCAUCUCACUUCUCAACGAGCCAAACACUUCAUCGCCAGCCAAUGUCGAUGCAUCAGUGAUGUAUCGAAGAUGGAAAGAGGGAAGUGAUGCAGAAUAUGCGACGAUUGUCAAGAAACAGGUGGAAGAUUCGAAAAAAGAGGCGGAACACGAUGGAAUUGUUGUGCCGGAAACGAUUGAAGAGUAUUGUGUCAAAUGGGCACCGCCACAACACGACGAUUGUCUUGAUUCGAUUGAUUUUGGUUGGUUUUUUUGGCAGGGAGGGAGAAAUUUGAAAACGUAUUGUAGAUUAACAUUUUGGCGCGAAAAAUACACUUUUUUUGAUAUCAAAUAUUUCUAGGGUCAGGUACUGUAGAAAUUUAGCCAAAUUUUUUGGCAUAAAAAUUGAUUUCCAUACAGUAGCCAAGACUUAUUUAGUCUCAAAAACGUGGAUGUUUGGCGCCAAAUCAGAUCUACAGUAUCCCAGAUUUUUGCCGUUAAAAAUCCACAUUUUUUGACACCAAAUUCUACAGUACCCAUAAGCUUAAUUGGUGUCAAAAAAGUAUAGAAUUUUUGGCCAAGUCUUUUAAUUAGGUACUGAAGUGCCAACCAAAUUCCAACAGUUUUGUGGCUCAAAAUUUCGGCACAAAAUUGAUCUACAGUAACCGAGACUUGUAGAAAUAUUUAGUCACAAAAACGUGGAUUUUUGGCGUCAGAUCAGAUCUACAGUAUCCCAGAUUUUUUCCAUGAAAAAUCCACGUUUUUUGACACCAAAUUCAACAGUAAAUUGGCCGAUUCUCAAUUUUUCACCCGAAAAAUUUGUAUUUUCAGACGACGAUAUGAUGUAUGACUACAAUGACGACGAAGAAGAUGAAGAAGAAGAAAGCGAUGAUGAUUGUAAUGAAGAAGACGAAGAUAGUGGGCAAGGUGAAAACUAA